AUGGAAGGUCGCAGAUAUUCUGGCUAUCUAGCGGACGAUGAGAGUUUCAGAAGACCUCAGGACGCCAGUGCCCACAACAGCCCAAGAAGAGGUCCCUACGACUGGAGGACCAUGAUCCGGCCUCCGUCGCGCUGUCAGCACCGAACCGAACCGCCAGCCACUUCCACCGCCUCCUUCAACAGUUUCUCCCAGGGAGACCAAGGGAAACGGAAGCGCCACCAAAGCAGCAGCGGUAGCAGCACCGAGAGGACCAGCGACCUGGCCACCGAGUUUUCCGAAUUCGUGGACUUCUUAGCGGACGAGGACGUCCUGCAGAGCCUUCAGCAGAUCGUGGAAGACGCCGUCCAGAAGCUCCGCGACGUGACAUCCGACAGUGGGGAACUCAUCUUCGACCUGCAGGAGGAAACGUCCUCCAGCGUAGAGAGCGAGACGUGGUCUUAUUCCUACAGUUCGACGUGUUCCCAGAUCAAAUACCAAACCACGACCACCAUGUCCACCAUGUCCAGCUCGGACGAUGACCAGGAGAAGCACUUUAUGAGCCCAUCGUCAUCGAAGACAGGGGGCAAAAUUUGCCUCUUGGAUAAAUACGUCUCCAGGCUCCCCAAAGUUGGAAAGCAAGCUCCUCAGCAUCUGUCUGGAGGAAUCCAUGCUGAGUCGUUUUCCGAAAAGUCGGGAGAAAGCUACUUCCAACAGCAACACUUGCACAUCUGGGCCAAGUCGUUCCAGCAUCCCCAGAGGGAGUUUUUUGCCAGGUUCCAGAGUUCCUUCCCUCAAGAUUCGCUGUCGUUCGAAUCGCUCCACAAGGAGAUCACCAGCGUCUUGAAACGGCCUGUCCGGCAUGGAGUCCCCAUGCAUUACAUCUGCCACAAGCAUUUGCACGCCUUCUUGGAAGAGACCCAGAUCUUGGCCAGUCUCCAGGAUGUCAUCAACCAAGCGGUCCUCAAAAUCCUGGAGGCCACCAUGACGGGGGGGAUCCCGUUUCUUGACUUGUCGGAUGACCACGAGUACCCUUCGUCCUGGGAUUCGGAGGAGGAAGAAGAGUCCAGCGUCUCGGAAAGUGAAGACGAGAUAUCGGAAGAUGGGAUGUGCAAGGGGAAGAAGAAGAAAGAGCCCUUGGACGAUGGAAGCCUGCUCUCCCCAAAUCCAAGCAGAAGCCUGGCACGCCGGAGGAGGCUGCUCGCAUGCCAUCACUCCAAAGACAUCAAACGGGCGCGCCUUCAGGGUAAACCUGUCCCGAAGCAAUCCAUCAUCGAUUUCUUGAUCGAAAACGCCGCCAAGCUGAUUUUGUACAAGUACAAUUACGAAACCCUGCUUUCUGAGAAGCUGGGUUUUAUCUCCGUCCCGGUCACCAAGGUCCUUCUGGAGAUCAUGUUUGGCUACAAGAAAAUCAAGGGCAGUGGGAUACGUCUGUCUUCUCAGAUUGACUGGACCAAGGUUUACGAGGAGGUCUACAAGAAGCGGCCUGCCAAGCCUAAAGUCCCCAAACAAGAGAAGAAGAAGAAAGGCGAAGAGAAGAAACAGAAGAGAGCUGGGAGAAGAAGAAAACGGAGAAGAGCUUGCUCACAAAACCCAAAGGGAAAGUGA